AUGCCAAAUAUAUAUCCUAAUCAUUUCCUCGACUUGGAUAGUAUGAAAUACAUCAUCAACUUCUCUGCCCCAGCCUUACAAGAACAUAAUCGUCCAGAGAGUGAGACCUACAGUCAUUGCAAGGCCCUUGAAGCCAAGCUGAAUUCAUACCCGGUGACUUACUACAUCAUACAAUUCCUCAUCUCCACGCAGCUCCCUUGUGAAAAUUCUUGA